CCAAAGACCGUCCAGCGACCUUCUAUUUAUGCAUCCAACUUAAUGUCCUGUCUACGCCCCUUACAAACAGCAAUUGCCCCUCCAAAGGUCAACUACCCAGACGCCGAAUGUGUCAUUGACCGAGGGGCAAGCCACGGAUGGCCCCACCAUAACCGAGCUGGCAGCACUAGCCACUUCCAUCCCAGCAAUCACCAGCCACAGUCGCAAACUGGCCCGUGCGUGCCCUGCAACCCCCACCAGAGCUCAAUCCACCAAAAUUACCCAAAAUUCCCGUCAAAAAGAAAAGCUCGUGAAGUUUUCUCUUCCGCAUCGCCAAUCCAGCCGUAAUCGCCUUCAUCACGUUACCGAAACGCAUCGCCGUUCGAGUCUUGAGGGCACCUUCCAACCAAACCUUUCUUCCAUAGCCAACCUCAACCCACCCAAACCAAACACCGCCAAGAUGUCCGGCUACAACAAGGAGAAGGAGUUCGGCGAGGCCCCCAAGGUCCACAAGAUCAGAAUCACUCUGUCUUCCCGCAAGGUUCAGGCCCUCGAGAAGGUCUGCUCUGAGCUCCUUGAGCGCGCCAAGUCCAAGGACCUCAAGGCCAAGGGCCCCGUCCGUCUCCCCACCAAGACCCUCAAGAUCAUGACCCGCAAGACCCCUUGCGGUGAGGGUUCCAAGACCUGGGAUCUCUACGAGAUGCGCAUCCACAAGCGCCUCAUCGACUUGACCGCCCCCACCGAGGUCGUCAAGCAGAUCAUCAUCAACAUCGAGGCUGGUGUCGAGGUCGAGGUUACCAUUGCUGCUUAA